AAUCAAUUUCAAAAACUCUCCUAGGGUUUUUGCGAAUUCAGUUUCAAAUGGAGGCGCUCUAUUCUAAGCUGUAUGAUAAGUACACUAAGCUCAAGGCGAAAAAGGCUUCUGAAAUAGAGCAGCUUAAUUUGGAUCAAGAAGAAAAAUUUAAGACCUAUGUGUCUGCUGCAGAUGAACUGAUUGGCUAUUUAACAAGUGAAAAGGACAGGUUAUAUGCACAAAUCAGUGAUUUGAGACAGGAAGUGGCUUCAAUAAGAUCUGCCAAGGACGAAGAGCAAGAAAAGUAUGAAAAGAUGUUAAUCGAAGAGAACCAAAAAAACAAACAACUUUCAGAAGAAAUUGAGAGGCUGCAUAGAAAAGAAUUUCAUUCCAGCACUAGCAAUGACAUGCUCGCAAUUAAUCAAGUGUCAGGUUCUUCAAUUUCGUCAGGGAGACUCAACAACUCAACAAAGAGAAAGCGAUCUACAGAUUUCAUGCAUGAGAAGGAAGUUGAGGUUGCUCUAGAACAUGCAUUAGAUAAAGAAAACAUGACACCUGAUGCUAUUUAUAGCGCUAAUCAGCCUAAAUGCUGCCGCCGAAGGCUUGGCAGUUCAGAUGCUUCUGAUACUACCAUCUGCAUGUUUCAAGAGCUUGUUGAGAGCCUAGUUGACCUGAAGUUUUCUACUGUACACCAAACUGAUGAUAUACUCCUAACUGCAGUGCAUGAAUCAAGCGGCUACACAUUUAGUUUGGGAUGGGUGAAGAACACGGCAGGUGAAGAGGAAUUGAUGUACCGUGUCUCUUCAUUGGGCACAUUUGAGAGGGUAGCACCAGAAUGGAUGCGGGACGUGAUGUUAUUUAGUAAGAGCAUGUGUCGUAUGUUCUUCAAAAGAUUAUCUUGCAUCGUCAAGCUUCAUGAUUGAAAUGUGCAAAGCUUCGAGGUUGUUUACUACCUGCUUGCUUAGGACUCUUACCCAGUCAGAGGUGUUUACUAAGCCCCUACUACAGAUCCAUGAUGUUCACCUGGUAAGCUACCCGGUCAGUAAUUAGUGUUAACCUAGAUCGUAUUUGAAGCACGUUGUCGAUUGGGUCAUACAUCAUGUCCCUUAGAAUGUGAAAAUGCUUUUGUUUAGCUUUGUUAUGGAAACUUCACGUAACCGACAUAAGCGGUUAUGGUCCCUAGCCUAAAAUGUGUAACUGAUAUAAAUUGGAGUAAUGGCUUUUUAUUCAGUUUUCAAGGCUUAGGGGCCGUUUACCAAA